AUGUCCAUUCUUCCCACUGUGCAGGGCCUUCUGUCCGAAGUUUCACCAUCCAAGGUGACCUAUGCACGAGCCCAGCGGAUGCGCGAUUCCAGAUCGUACCUGGAGGAUCAAUUUUGGCUGCUUCAUCAAGACCUGGCGCUGUGGACUCAUGACGAGAUCAAAAGCUUCACAAACGACGACCCAUCUGCCCGGCGCGGAACCUGCCUCGACAAUCUGACCGUCGAGGGACCCUACAGCAGUGGCCGGCAUCCUUGGUCUAUUCAGUUCCGGUGUCUCCAAGAUUUUCCUGCGCUACAAGACAAAAAUGAAGCCGAGAGGAGAAGCCUCCUGCAGGAACACAAAACUUUCCUCCGAAAUGAGAGCUCGAUAUGCCUCCUUGUCGAUGGCACACCGAGGUGGUUUGGUUUCCUGACAGGAGAAGAGGACUACCUAUGUCUCAGUCCUCCUGUCAUAAAUAUCCGACUUUUGGAGACGGAACUAGACAAGGCCUCGUUGAUCUUGACAGGGGCAAAGCAAAUUUCAUGCCUGCUGCUGCACACACCACUGUUUGCCUAUGAGCCCGUCCUGAACGGGCUGUCGAGAAUGUCCAAUAUUCCGCUGGAAGAGAGCUUGUUGUAUUGGACGCCGGGGAAACCCGCCCCUCGUAUCGAUUAUACGCUGACGGCAGAGAUGUCUGGUUUUCUGGCACGCCUGGAAGAGGAUUCGUCACUAGACUUGAGGGAAACCCUGAGGCUCUCCUCGGAAGUCAGAUUGGACCCUUCGCAGGCCGCAUGCUUCAAGGCUGGCCUCAGUCAAAGUGUAGCCUUGAUUCAAGGUCCACCAGGGACCGGGAAAUCAUUCAUCGGCUCGCUCAUAGCCAAAGCAAUCCUUGAGCAUUCCGCAGAAAGGAUCCUGCUUGUGUGCCAAACGCAUCAUGCUCUGGAUCAGUUACUGACAGAUUGUCUGCGCUUGGGCCUGGCACCGUCCAAGAUUGUUCGCAUGGGCUCUACGAAGAAAGCAACCCAAACCACCCAGUCGUUAUCCCUGCAUCUGGCGCGAAGCAGGCAAUGGUUCACUCCAUCCCAAAAAAAAGAAAUAGCCAGACACAGGGAUGCUAUUGAUUCAACCACCAGCAAGUUGCGUGACGCUUUUAACAAUAUUACGGGCCAAAAAUUCUCCAAGGUUGACCUCAUGAAGCACAUCAAGACGUUGAAAGAUGGUGAGCUGCCAUUUUAUGACGCACUCCAUCCUUCACCUCGGACGAGUAAGCCAGAGCACGAAUUCUACUUGCUGGAUCGAUGGUUAGCAGGCAAAGACUGCGGAGUACUCAAAGCCCAUGGAUCCCGUUUCCCCUCGGUUUGGCGACUAAAUGCGGGAGAGCGAAAAGAGGUCCUGUCGAAAUGGGAGCGUGAGAUGAUGACGAAACGCCUCGUGAUGCUUCGAAUGGCUGGCAACGAGCACGAUGACCAUGUUGAAAGGUUAAACGCAAUACACAGAGACAGAGAUGUCAACAUCAUCCGGCGAAAACGAAUCAUUGCAUGCACAACCACGGCAGCUGCCAAAUACAUGCUGACCAUCCAGUCGGCCGCGCCGACGGUAGUUUUUGUCGAGGAAGCCGGGCAAAUCUUGGAAAGCCACAUCUUGACGGCGCUUGGCCCGGGGACGAAGCAGCUCGUCAUGAUUGGAGACCAUAAACAACUUCGGCCAAGAGCUCAUCAUAAUCUUUGUGUCGAGAAGGGCAACGGCUUCGACCUCAAUCGAUCACUUUUUGAGAGACUUAUACUGGCCGGAUACCCUCAUCAGGUCCUGUCACAGCAACAUCGCAUGCGACCAGAGAUUGCUGCGCUGGUUCGUGAACUAUCAUACCCGAGCCUGACAGACGCUCCUCGAACACUCGACCGGGAGCACCUUCGGGGACUUCAGAACAAUGUCAUCUUUGUAUCCCACUCAGAACAAGAGUUCGAGUUGGGCCAUGUGCUUGAAUGGCGUGACUUUGAGUCGACAAAGUCCAAGAGGAAUCUGUUCGAGGCUCAAAUGGUGGUCAAGUGCGUACAGCACCUCACCCAGCAGGGUUACUCAACAGAGAGAAUCGCCGUGCUAACGCCGUACCUGGGCCAGCUGCGGCUCCUGAUUCAAGAGAUGCUGUUGCACAGCGAUCCACAGCUGAGUGAACUGGACUCACAAGAUUUAGUCAGAGCAGGGCUAACACCGCCGACCUUGGUGCCCACAGGGCGGCCACAUAUCCGAGUGUCGACUAUAGACAAUUUCCAGGGGGACGAAAGUGACAUAGUAAUCUCUUCGCUGACGCGAAGCAACUCGCGACGAGACAUUGGGUUCAUGGCAUCCAGAGAGCGGCUUAAUGUUCUGCUCUCUCGGGCUCGAGAUGGACUCAUUCUGGUGGGUGAUGCAGAAACGUUUAGGGAGUCCCCUGCAAAAGACUCUCCUUGGAACCAGUUUAUCGAUUCCUUGGUUGCCCGAGGACACAUGUACGAUGGUUUACCAACACGGUGCGAGCGACACAAGAUCAACGGGGCUGUCCCUCGCAGCCCGGAGGAAUUUGAGAAGAAAUGCCCGGGUGGAGGUUGCAGGAGACCCUGCGAGUUUUCAGUCCUGUUCAACGAGAGGUAUAGAGGUGGCGCAAGAAUCGAGGGCGGAAUGGAGGGAGUGCCUGCUCGAGUGUUUUGUCGGCGGGUAGCAAAGGCUUUCGCAGGCCUAGACGGCGUGGAGAUGCGCGUAACGUUGGAGAAAGCUUGGGAAGGCGUGAUCAGGAGGAAGAAGGCCCGUUCCUCAGUCGAUACUAACACGACCUCAUCAACACAAGAAGAGUACUUUAGUACAGAAGACCUCCUGGGGCCAGAGCCGCGGGAAUAUUUGAAGACGAGUAGCGCGUGGAAAAGAUUGCAGAACCUCAUUGGCGUCCAAAGGAUGAAAGAUUCCAUGGCGGAGUUGGUCGACGUCUUGCAACUCGGAUACGAGCUCGAACUGAAGGAAGAGCCUCCUGUUCCCAUCACCCUGAGUCGUCUCUUCCUAGGGCAGCAUGGUACAGGCAAAACGACAGUGUGUUGGCUCUACGCGUCCAUCCUUUCAGAUUUGGGCGUUCUUCAGAGCAGUGACGUUGUAUUCAAGCAUCCGGACGAUCUCAUUGGGGACAGCGUCGAAGCAUCGGAACUGCGCACGGAAGUGGUGCUGCAAGACGCCAGGGGGAAGGUGCUCGCUAUUCGAGACGCCCCCGUGCUGAGAGACCAUCGCGACGAUGCAGAAAAGGCCUGCAGAAUCGCUGUCAUUCGAAAACUCCUGGCAGCUGCGGGAGAUGAACAGGAGAACCCCCAGUGUCUGAUCCUGAUGUUCAUCUCAGGCGAUAGGGCGCUGAACACAUUUAAUGGGUUAGGGCGGACGGAUAUCGCCCGCUAUUUCCCGAUCGACGCGGCAUUCUCCUUUGACCGCCCCGGAGACGAGGACUUGAGUUUGCUUUUGGAUUUGACGCUCCGCAAACGGCGUUUGUCAGCAACGGCUGUUGCCAAGGAGGCUGCUCUGCACCGGCUCCAAGGGGCUAGAGGGCCCAGGUUUGGGAAUGCGAGAGCUGUUGAGACUCUUGUUGAUAUGGCCAGCGAUCGUGCCAGGCUCCGUCAACGGUCUGUCUCGCGAGAUGAACGGCUGGGGGACAAUGUGAUGCUAGAAGAAGGAGAUUUCAGUGCCCAUGAAUUGAAUUAA